AUGCGGGCGGAGAGGGAAUGGAGGCAGCAGGAAGGCAGGAGGAGGCUCGUUCUCCUCGGGAGCAAACUGAUCCGUCCCAAGCCAGUCCCUCCAGUCCCUCUAGUUCACCUGCUGCAGCAGCAGCAGCAGCAGCAGCAACCAGGUUCCACGUCAGCAGCCGCGGCAACCAGCUCGGAAGAUCCUCCCGAGGCGCAAUCCGGACCCGCAGGUGGCUCAGCGUCCGAACCAGGAAUCGGCUCGGCGACCGAACCUGCAGUUGGCCCGGCAUCCAAACCUCGGGGAGCAAAGAAGCCACACUACCGGAACGUGAUAGACCAGAAGCUGCAGCAGGAGAUAGUCGCUCUGAAGCAGGCUCAUCCCGUGCUCACCAGCGCGCAUAUCGCGCGCGCGGUUUCGAAGCUGUACGGCAUCCCGCUGAAAGAAUCGCAGGUGGAGAUGAUUAUACUGAGGUCCUCUGUAGACCGGAGCGUGCAGAGCGACUGGACUAGGUGGCGGCGUACGCGUUAUAAGAACCCGCCGCUGGAGGAGGCGCUGGUGCAGUGGGUGCGCGAGAGGAAGCGCGAGGAGGAGCGCGACCCGAUGAGAGUAAUUAAGGGGAUUAAGAAGCAGCUGACGAUUAGAGAGAUGCGGGACUAUGCGAUGAAAUUAGGACCGUCGCAUGGCGUGCCUGACGUGUUUAAGUACAGCGAUGAUUGGAUCAAGAAGGUUCUAGAAGAAAACGGGUUGAAUAAGAAAGGAGAGGAGAUUAGUAGGACGGGAGGUGAAGGUGCGGGGAACGAUGGUGGGAGCAGUGGAGCAGGUUUGGGGGAAGGCGCUGCUGAGGGGUUGGACGGAGGGGGGAGCCCAGGCUCGGAGAAGCCAGGUUCGGAGAAGCCAAGCUCGGAGAAGCCCAAGCCAAAGCGUCCUGUGGUUCGGAACGAGAUUCCGUUUGAGCUCCAGCUUCGGUACGAGAUUGCUGUGGUUAAGCGCGCUCGGCCGCACUUAGAGAAUAGAGUGAUUGCUGCUGCUAUAAGGGCUAAGUACGGAGUGGAAAUGACCCCGAGGGCGAUAAGGAAGAUUGGGGAGGAGAGUGAUAAGUGGUUUAGGCUGGCUGCAGGGGUUGUCUCGGAUCCGGAUCAGUCUCGAAUGGAGGAGGCUUUGGCUGAAUGGGUGAUUAAAGAGGAGGAGACGGAGAAGAGGGAGGUGACUAUAGAGGAGAUUAUAGCGAAGGCGAAGGAGAUAGGGCCGGGGUAUAAGGUGCGCCCGAAUUUCAAGUAUGGCAGGUCGUGGGCGAUGCGGUUUAUGAAGAGGUUUGGGCUGCUGCUGCUGUCGGAGACUAGUACCAAGGAAGCUGAUAACGAGGAUGAGGGAGGGGCGAGAGGAGCGGUAGGAGAGGGAGGCGAUGAUGAUGACUGUGGCAGUAGUGAUGGGGAAGGUGAUGGUGGUGCGUCUGAUAGUGGUGGUAAGGAUGGUGAUGGUGGUGGUGCGGGUGAUAGUGGUGAUAAGGAUGGUGCUGCUGCUGCUGGUGCUGCUGGUGCUGCUGCUGCUGCUGCUGCUGCUGCUGCUGGUGAUGGGGAUGGUGGUAGUGAGGGCAGUGCGGAGAAGCAAAGGCAUGCGCCACACGGUGCGCCACAGAGUGCAGCCACAGAAGCUGUUGCUGUCAUGGCCCUCACAGCGGAGGGGGAAGCACUGGAUGAGGACAGCAGUGAAGGGGGAGCAGAAGGAGAAGGAGGCGCAGUGGAGCCUGUCGCACUGGAUGCAGCCGAGCAGGGAGGCCAUUCUCAAGCCAUGAAACCCCUCAAUUCCUCCCAAGCAGCCCGGGCUGCCGAAACCACAGAGAAGGCACCGAUGUCUGAUGCUUCGUCUGGAAAAGCCGCCCCCGAUCCGAAGCGUUGCACGGCUAGGGAGCUGACGGUGGGUCAGAAGCGCGCCUUUUGCCUCGUGCGCCACGCCCUGCCGUACCUGCGCCGAGCCACCGUCCACGAGCUUGCCAAGGCUGCGCUGCCGGCUUGGGGAGCGCGCGUGUCGUUUGAGACUGUAAGGCAUGUGGUGAGGGAUAGCUGGUAUUGGCUGAAGAUUCCUCGGGGGAAGGAGGAGGAGAUGAAGAAUAAGCCAAGGAAAAAGAGGAGGAGUAGGAAGGAGAAGGGCAUAGGGCGGUGUGUGAAGCUUGAAGAGGCGCUAUGGAAGUGGAUAGAGGGGAUAGGAGCAGCGGAUCUGGUGAAGAACGGGAGGGUAAAGGAUAGGAUGUUGGACCCCCACCCGUACGCGCUGGACAAGUGGGCAGAUGAUCCUGACCUAUCCAGCCUCAUGCGGCUUUCGCAAAAACAGCAAGAGGAGGAGGAGGAGGAGGAGGAGGAGGAGGAGGAGGAGGAGGAGGAGGAGGAGGAGGAGGAGGAGGAGGAGGAGGAGGAGGAGGAGGAGGAGGAGGAGGAGGAGGAGGAGGAGGAGGAGGAGGCGGAGGAGGAGGAGUGGAGGAGGAGGGGAGGAGGAGGAGGUGGAGGAGGAGGAGGAGGAGGAGGAGGAGGAGGAGGAGGAGGAGGAGGAGGAGGGGAGGAGGAGGAGGAGGAGGAGGAUGAGGAGGAGGAGGAGGCGGAGGAGGAGGAGGAGGAGGAGGAGGAGGAGGAGGAGGGAGGAGGAGGAGGAGGAGGAGGAGGGAGAGGAGGAGGAGGAGGAGGAGGAGGGUGCAGCAGGCACGGCAGGUGUCACAGUGCAGGCAAUCUGGGGGCGCUGGUGAAUGCAGGGGCUAAUCAAGGCUCAGGAGCUGGUAACCAGCAGCAGCUGCUGAUGUUGCUCAACCUCUUGGCCGCACAGGCAGCAGGGGGGGGUGCCAGAGGGGGUACAUGGGGAAAAGGGGGAAAGGCACAAGGGGAAAAAGGGGCAAAGGGAGAGAAGCAUGGUUCGGAGGCGGGCGGGCGGCGUGCGUCGUUUGAGAGUGCGUGGCAUGUGCUGGUUGGUGCGGGAUCGGGCGGCGAGAGUGGGGAUGGCGAGGGGAAGAGGAGGGGUGAGGGACGGAGUGUGAGGGAGGUGGGCGGCAGGAAGCGGGCGGCAGAAGUGAUUGAGCUUUCAGAUGAUGACAAAGAGGAGGAGAACGGGUCUGAUGAUGACGUGGUUGAGGUGAGGGGGGUGGAUGGAGGAAAGGACAGCUCAAGCGACGACGACGACGAUGAGGAUGAGGAUUAUCAGGAUGAGGAAGAUGAGGACGAGGAGGAGGAGGAGCAGGCCCCAGCCACAUCCCCAGCAGGCACAGCCGCAUCACCUGAUUCACCAGAGGCUGGGGCCAAAGCAGCUACAGCCGCAUCACCUGAUUCACCAGAGGCUGGGACCAAAGCAGCUACAGCCGCAUCACCUGAUUCUUCAGAGGCUGAGACCAAAGCAGCUACAGCCGCAUCACCUGAUUCACCAGAGGCUGGGACCAAAGCAGCUACAGCCGCAUCACCUGAUUCACCAGAGGCUGGGACCAAAGCAGCUACAGCCGCAUCACCUGAUUCACCAGAGGCUGGGACCAAAGCAGCUACAGCCGCAUCACCUGAUUCACCAGAGGCUGGGGCCAAAGCAGCUACAGCCGCAUCACCUGAUUCACCAGAGGCUGGGACCAAAGCAGCUACAGCCGCAUCACCUGAUUCACCAGAGGCUGGGGCCAAAGCAGCUACAGCCGCAUCACCUGAUUCACCAGAGGCUGGGACCAAAGCAGCUACAGCCGCAUCACCUGAUUCACCAGAGGCUGGGACCAAAGCAGCUACAGCCGCAUCACCUUAUUCACCAGAGGCUGGGACCAAAGCAGCAACAGCCGCAUCACCUGAUUCACCAGAGGCCGGGAUCACAGGUGCUGAGGUGGAUGCAGUUGAGAGCACCGUCAGCAAGAUCCUUGGAGGGAAGGAUUCUGACGCGCCUGUAGCUGCUACAGCCGGUGACAAUGUACCUGCUACAACCACGGUUAAGGCUGUAGCAGCUACAGUUGUAGAGUCUGGGAUCACAGGUGCUGAGGUGGAUGCAGUUGAGAGCACUGUCAGCAAGAUCCUUGGAGGGAAGGAUUCUGACACGCCUGUAGCUGCUACAGCCGGUGACAAUCUUCCUGAAACUGAAUCGGAUAAGGAUGUGGCGGCUACCGGGGAUGUGGAUUUAGCAGUUAAGUCUGGAAGCGCGGCUGUAGCUGCUGCAUCUGAGGCUGAGGCUGUAGCUGCAGCUGUCACAGAAGAUGGGAAGUCACUUGAAGAAGUUGGCCCAGCACAGAAGCCCAGAGCAACAGCUACAGAUGAUAUGGAAGUGGACGGUGGUGGUGCUGCUGCAGCGGGUGAGCCAAGAGACGGUACAGCAGCUACAGCAGCUACAGCAGCUGCAGCAGCUGCAGCUGGUGAGGAUACACGUGAAAAUGAUGACCCACAGGAACCCAGAGCAACAGCUACAGAGGAUAUGGAAGUGGACGGUGGUGCUGCAGCUGCAGCCGAUGGUGCCGCAGCAGCUGCAGCUGAAGAGGCACGAGAUGAGGCAGCAGCCACAGCCAUCGAGAGUCCAAGGGCGACCAGUCCAGCUGCUGAAGAUGGGGAAAGGGAUGAUGCAUGUGUUGCAGGUGAUGGUUCUACAGGUGAGGGUGCGGCUGUUGGUGGUGGUGAUGCAGGUGGUGCAGACGAUGGUGCUACACGCGAUGGUGAUAUAGAUGGCGGUGCUACAGGUGACGGCGAAUCAGGUGGUGGUGCUGCAAAUGGUGGUGCUGACGGUGAUAGUGCUGCAGGCGAUGGUGCUGCAGGUGGUGGGAAGUCGAGAGAGAUUGCGCCUAUGGAUGCGGACUGUCAAGAGCACGAAGCAAAGGACGCAAGCGAUGAGAAUGGAGGAGGGGAUGGUGUUGCAGUAGGUGAUGGUGGGGUUACAGGUGGUGGGGCUCCAGAUGGUGGGGCUACAGGCGGUAAGGCUGUGGAUGUGGACUGUCAAGAGCACGACGCAAAGGACACAAGCGAUGAGAAUGGAGGAGGGGAUGGUGAUGCAGUAGGUGAUGGUGGGGCUACAGGUGGUGGGGUUACAGAUGGUGGAGCUACGGAGGGAAAGGCUAUGGAGGGUAAGCCUAUGGAGGGUGGGGUGUAG